AUGGCGGAGAAGAUGUUCCAGAAACCAAAGGUCUAUGACCCAACGAUGGCUGGACGAGUACCGCAGGUGAAUUCAAAGAUGCAACAGAUGAUGGAUUUGGGUUUCGAUGAUAUCGAAAAUACCAUCGGUUACCAGCCGGAGAUGGAAGAGAAGUGUGUCCAGCUUUCAGAGCAGUUGGAUGUGGCCCAGCAGAAGGUCGCAGAGCUGCAGGAGGAGCUGGAGAAAGUGAAAGCCGAGGACACCUUGACGAAGCAAAAGCUGCAGAGCUUUCAGCAGGUGAAUCGCUCGCAAAGUGCCCUCGUUAGAGGUGAGCUGCAGAAGACUCGAAGAAAGUUGGCGCACAUGCAAUCCGUGGCACAACGACUGAGGGACCAAGCGGCUUGGUUCCAGUCCAAAGCUCCCAACCUGUCCCUUCCGGGCCAGCUGCAGAGUAUGCCAACGGAGGAAGAUGCUGCAGAGGAUCACGCUGAGCUCGUUCAACUCCACGAACGCUGGGAGAAGGAUGUGGCGCAGUUGGCAGCUGAACUUGCUGGCAAACCCUUCACUGGCGAGGACCCAAAGCGUACCGAGCUGGAGCAGCUGGUGAAGAAACAAAAGAAAGAAUUGGACCAACUCAAAGGUGGUGGUCAGGAGCGAUCCUUAGAAUCUGAAGAAUCCCAGUCAGGGUCUGAGGAUGUGGUCUCGCUCCGGAAGACCACUUGGGGCAGCCCUGACACUGUGAUUGUGCGGCAAUUCCGCCAUGCGGCCUUUGCUCUUGCUUCUUCUGACCUGGCUGAGUGUUAUUGUAUCAUUGGUGCAGGGCCCGCUGGAAUCCAGCUUGGACACUUCCUGUACCAUGCAGGCAGAGACUACAUCAUUUUCGAGAGGAACAGCCACGCCGGCAGUUUCUUCGAGAAAUUCCCCAGACACCGAAAGUUGAUUUCGUUGAACAAGCGCUCCGUCCGAGAUGGACGGGGACAUGAUUUUGCCUUCCGCCACGACUGGAACUCCCUGAUAGACAUGCGAGAGAAUCGCACAUUGCCAGUGACGAAAAGAUCCAAAGAGCUCUUUCCAGCUGCUGACGUCUUAGUGGACUACUUGCGCGACUUCGCGGCUGAACAAAGCGAUUUCAUCCGCUACAACUCCAAGGUGAAGCAAGUGAGUCGGGAGCAGCUGGAGCAGGGCCAGGUUUUCACGAUCCGCUUGGAGACAGCGGAGACGUUCCGCUGCCGGGAAGUCAUCUUGGCCCAUGGACUGACUGUGCCGCGACAAGGCCAUAGCAUGAUAGACGGUGUUGACUUGGUCGACAGCUACGAAGAUAUGCCUGCCACGGGCGAAUCGUUUGAAGGGAAAUCUGUGAUGAUCCUGGGCAUGGGCAACGCAGCCUUGGAAACUGCCCAGGAGUUGCAGAAAUACACAUCCGAGGUACAUCUGCUGGCACGGCCCAGGGCCUUGCCCGAAGGCGGUGAAGGAGUGCGCUUUGCAUAUCAGACCCAUUACGUCGGUGACAUUCGGGCCGGCCGAACUACCAUCCUUGACACGUACCUGUUGAAGAGUCUCGACGUCUUUGACUUCGAUGCUCUCCGGGACCACCGAGUCGUCAUCCUCCCAUGCAAAGGCAAUCGGCGGUGCAUUUGGGUCGCCACUGACGAUACCUGCAAUGAUGAAAGAUGUCGACAGCGCUUCUAUUCCAAGGAGCAGAAUAUGAGCCUCAUGCUCUUCAUGGGUCGUAUCGCGUCUCACCACGAGCCACGUGUGCGUGAAACCCUGGAACGCUUGGCUCCUGAUGAGGAGGGUCAUGGUUGGGUCCUGGAAGUGGGCGAGGACACGGAGCCGGCGGUGGAGAGUUACUUCGCCACCUCGGCCGUACCGGAGACCAUCGACGAGAGCAUCUUCGAUGGAUCGUUCACCUGGGUUUUGGUGAAUUCCAAUCUCCUCAGGAGGAAUCCUGAAUUAAUGGAUGCCAUGGCAGAUUUUCGCAUGAAAUAUGCGGCCAAGCACACGCGCUUCCCCGUGGAUCAUGUGAUCCGAUGUUUCGGCUGGACCAUGGACACCAGUUUUUUGGAUUCAUCCACCAAGCCGGAUAUGGUGGAACACGGCAAGUAUCCCAACAUCUCAAACACCUUCGAGGUGGUUGGAAAACCUGGACUCUAUGUGGCUGGCACCAUCGGUCAUAGCCUGGACUUCAGGAAAUCUGCAGGUGGUUUCAUCCAUGGCUUCAGAUAUACGGCACGCACCCUCUUUCGGCUCUUGGAGGAGAAGAACUUUGGAGUUCCAUGGCCCCAGACUGCCAUUCGUUUGCAGCGGGUGCAAGACUUGUUGACUUCACCGGUGCACGAUUCAGUUCCAUGGCUCUGCGACCCGUCCAAAGCUGGCUCCCGAGCGGCUGGAGCUUCAGACUUGGCGCAAAGGCUCUUGGAUCGAAUCAAUGAGGCCUCUGGGCCGUAUCAAAUGUUUGAGUUCUUGGGUGACAUGGUUCUUUUCGAGCAGAACCAGACCACCAAGGCGUGGAUGGCGCGCUAUUUGCCUGAAGUACCUUUGAAGCAUUUCCAUCAACGCUACGCUUCCACUGCCAGACUCACUUGGGUCUUCAGAUAUAAUGAACACUUCCACGGUCCCGCGGUGUUAUCCACUGCCCGCGUGGGGGCCACAGAAGCACACCGGGCGCACAAUUCCAACUUCCUCCAUCCAUACCUGGCGUUCUUCCGGGCCAACGCAUCGAAACCUGCGAGGGAACACUGGCUGCCAGAAGAUGUACACACCCAAUGGCAUGCUGAUGAAGUCACUAUGCCAUUGCGCAACUUUGUUGCGCUGACUGUUAACGACGUGAUCGACGGGAAGCAGGCAGAUGAAGCGAUUUGA